GUUACCAAGCAAUGUUGGUCACUUGGCCAAUAUGUCAUUGUCAUUUGUAAAUUUGAUUUUGUCAAAGUCAAUGUUCUAAAUCAAAGAAAUUCGUUAUUGUAAUUAGAAAUUAAAUUAAAAUUAAUCUAUAUCUUUUCAGACAGUCAUUGUAAAAGCAGCAAAAUGAGUGAAAUCCAAUCUUUGGAUAAAAGCUUAGAAACUGAACGAAAAGAAAGCGAAAGCAGUGAUACAGAGUAUGAUCCUCAAUUUAAACCAAUAAUUUCGUUACCAGAAGUUGAGGUAUCUACAAAUGAAGAGAACGAAAGUGAAUUAUUAAAAAUAAGAGCUAAACUAUACCGCUAUGAUUCUUCGGAGCCCUCUUCGGCUGAAUGGAAGGAAAGAGGUACUGGAGAAUUAAAGCUUUUAAGACACAAUGAAACUCAUUCAGUAAGAGUAGUAAUGAGGCGAGAUAAGACAUUGAAAGUUUGUGCUAAUCAUUUCAUUACUCCAUGGAUGGAGCUAAAACCCAGCAAGGGUAGUGAUAAAGCUUUUGUUUAUACUGUUAUGGUGGAUUUUGCUGAUGAGAAACCUAAGUCUGAAUGUUUAGCUAUUAAAUUUGGUACAGUAGACAAUGCAAAUCUGUUCAAGGAAAAAUUUGAAGAAGCAAAAAAGAUUGUGUCUACAGAAUGUGAACUAUACAAUGACCAAAACAAUAAAGAAAAUGAAGACGAAUCAGAGGAACACAACUCUUCUUUAGAAAAUAGUGUUGAUGAAAGCAAAAAUGAUGAAUCUGAUGAAAAAGAAUGUGUGGACUUGACUAAAAAGAUUAGUGAAUUGGAUGUAGCGAAAGCAGAUGAGAAGUAAAGUGUAAAAUGUGGGCAUUUUAGAUUAUAUUUAAUACAUUACUUAAUAAUAUCUAUCUAGUUUCUUGAUUCUAAAGUAACUCAUAACAUACUAAGUGCUCUUUUAUCUAUUCAUAGACAUAGCAUAGAUUAUAUUCCUAGUUAGUUUCGUAUGCUCAUGUUUUUUUAUAUUGAAUAUUCAACAAUUAUUAUGGAACUAUUUAAUAAUGUGAUAAAAGUUUUUAAAGUAAAACUAAUAUUGCUCAUAGCAAUUGUUUUAAAGGUAUAAUGUAAUGUAUCUAUAAUAUCUCAGAUUUACAAUUUCAGAUAUUAAAAAUAAAUAAUAGUGGUGUAUGACGCUUUGUAAAAAUUCUUACAUGAGUAACUACUAGAAAUUACAAAAAUAUUUUACUACAGAUUAUGGUAAUUUUUUCUGUAGGCCUUAAGGGCGCUUUACAGCUUGCAAUUCUACCUGCAAGAUGCAAGAAAGUUGCCUAAAGGCAUGCGCAGUAUGUCGUCAGUUGAUUAUUGCAUGCAACUUCUUGCAAUUGCGCGAUAAUCGGUUUGGUGCCAUUUUUUCUGCAAGUUUUCAUGCAAGUCUAGGGGAAUUUGAUUUUUCCACAAUAUCAAAUGUCAUACGACACGGAUUCACGAAUACAUGCCGAUCAGCUGUUUUCUGUUUGUGAAAUAUAUCAACGAUGGAAAUGAAUGAAUAAUGAAAUGGCACUUUCUGAGAUUCUAUAAUUAUUGUAAAUUGUAUAUUAAGCUACGGAAGCUCUCUCUCCUCUAGCUAAGUACCUUAGGAUAAUAAUUAAUUUGUGUUUCGCAGAAAUAGUAUUUCGAAAUAUAGAUUUUUUGUAAUUGUUCAAUUUUUCCCAAGGGUUUAUUAAAAUGUACAUUCAUUCCUAGAAAAUUAGAGUCAUUUUCAUCAUCUACUUGGAUAAAUUCUUCUGUUGGAGAUACAUUAUUACCCCUCUUCUUGUUCAACUAGAUCUUACUCACCAUCUCCGAUCUCGGCGUUCUAAAUUAGUGACUAAAAGGCUGGCUGCAGCAAUAAUAAUACUUAAAGUUGCUGCUACCGCCUUUUUCCUUUUAUAUUUGGUUAUUUCUGAUAGUCUUGGCAUUUCGAAAUUUACCAAGUUAAAUAAACAGCAAUAAAGUAAUUAAAAAAAACAAAAGUUUAUAAGUUAGGUUAAGGGUAAACCUUUCAAAUUGCAUGCAAGCCGGGUUGCAAGCUGUAAAAGACCAUGCAAUAUAGCCACUUUACACCAUGCAACUAAUUGCGCAAUUAAUUGCACAAUUUCUUGCAGCAAUAGAAAUUGCAUCGUGUCAUACGCGAAUUGCACCUAAAAGCUGCAACUUCUUGCAGCAAUUUCUUGCUGCAAGAAGUUGCAGCUAGAUAGAACAUGUCCUAUUUUUCAUGCAAUUUUUUCUGCAAUUUGGGUAUAUUUCUAGUAACUUUUAAGGCUACACUGUUUGUUUUGACAUUCUGUUAUCCUAAAUUUCAAACUAAACAAUUUUUGACAAAACUAGAGGAACUUUUUACCAAUUUCACACUUCACAGAUAACAUUAUUCUGGGGGAUAACUUUAAUUAUGCAACAUAGGGAUUAAAGAAACUAUAUUCUAUUUUUAUUUCUUUUGUAUUUAACAACUUGUUUCCUUUUGUAAAUGAAUAAUGUAUUAUAGGUAUACUUGCAUUAGGUAUUAAUUGAUUUUGUUAUACAUAAUACAUAUUAUACUUUUCUCAAAUUAUAAUCUAAUAUUUUCAAUCUAAUAUAUCUGAUAACUCUACUCAAAAAAUUACAUUUUUAAUUUAUAAAAACAACAUAACCCAAAAUUUAUGGUAUGUCAAAGUUUCUGUCCAUUUCAUGUCAGUUUAUGCAAUUACUUGCACUGUGUAAUCACUUUAUUGCAGAAAGCUAGUUGCAACUUAUUGCAGAAGUUCUUGCUGCAAGAACUUGUGCAAUAAAUUUCGCAAUUACUUGCAUCCUGUAAAGUGGCUAAUAGACUUGCACGAAAGUCUUGUAUGCAAGAAAUUGCAGCAAGUUUUCUUGCAAGCUGUAAAGCGGUCUUUAAAAACGCUAGAGAUAAUUAUGAUUUAUUUAAUUAAAAGGAUAAUAUACAUUAUUUUAUAAAUUUUUAUAGAACCUUUUUGUUAAGCUUCAAAUUCUUUUUACCUUCAAAUUCUUUUUUGGUUGCUUGUUACAAAUCUUUAUAUGUAUUUUCAAACAAUAUUUUCUGUACUCUACAUUUCUCCCUCAUUUGUAGAGGUUUAUAGAAAGCAUCAUUUUUAUUAGUUUUUUUCUAUAUUUAAUGUUUCCAUUUACUCUUUAACAAUCCAUAUUUUCUCUCCACCUUACACCUUCCUUAUCAUCUUUGCUAUUGUCCUUUUCAUGAGCAUUUUUCAGUGUUUAACAAAUGAUAGGAAAAAGGGUAAGUCCGUGAUAAUACACAUUUAUGACAUUUAUUCUAACAUGACCUUUUAGUUAAAUCUGACAGUUGUCACAUUUUAUUUUCAAUUUGGAAUAAAAACAAAUCAAAUGUGUUUCUUGCAUUUAUAAAAUGGUAUUUUCUUUGAUUUGUAUAGUCUUAUAAAUUAUACAGAUUAUAUUUGUAAUAUUAUUAUCUAAUUAAAAAAAAUAUUUUUUUAUUAUGGCGCCAUCUAUCGACAACUAGAAUAAUCACCGAACUAGAAUAAUUACCAAAGUAAUCACCGACAUGCGUUUUUUUCUGUCACAUGCAAUUUAAUGCGUUAGAAAGAAAUCGAAAAACUGUGACGCACUGAAAGAUGAUCAUGAGAAAAAGAAUACUACUAAAUAUAUUGUGGUUCUUUGUUCUACUAUCAGUUACCUACACUUUUGCAGAAUAUCUCAAUUAAAACUAUUCUGUCUUAAAACAAAAAACAAUAUUUUGCUAUUGAGUGGCAUGUUUAAUACAUAUUAUAUGAUUAUUCAACAAUUACGUGAAAUUAUUUAUUACAUAACAGUAAUUCACCGUACAUUCAUAGUGUUCAUUACAAAUCAAAGAACAUCAUGUAUCUUGUUUAUAUAUUGUGUUUUACAUGCAAUACCUUUAAUUAUUUUGGGAAUUCUUCACGUGUGAAAGGGCAUACUCAUAGAAAAAAGACCAAAAAACCAUUCACAGUGUCUUUUGGAUAAUCAUAAGAUGUAUUUGCAUCUUAUUACAUACCAACAGGCCCCGAAGGUGGCGUUUUAAUAAUUGCUUUCCGCUCAUAAUGAGCUAUUUAUUUUAUAAAUGUUAUUUCCCAAUAAAAUUGUAGAUAUAUCAAGCUUAUUUUUUUUUAAAUAUAUUCUACUUAAAUUGAAAUAGGAUAUUUCCAAACAGUUCUAUUAGAUUGAUUUAAUUGAAUUAAAUGUCGUUAUGAGUACAUUCCAGAUUUUGAAAAUAAAUAUUGUAAGCACUCCGUAACAAUUUCCUAAAUAUAACUUCUUGAAACUUGAGGGAACAUCUCCGAUAUGAAGCAAUAGUAGAGUGUCUAUUUCUACGCUAGUCAGUUAGCAAAACUCCUUUCGUAUCCCAAAACACCGGCGCUGCAUCCCGCCGAUGGUACCAUUCUCACCUAACUUGAUCCCGAAGAGCCGGCUUCUAUCCACCCCUUAGUUUGUUGUUGUUUCAUGUGUGUAGAGGCUAAUCAAUGUUUCUUCAAUUGUAACUAUCGUCGCAAGAAGUAACUUUUGUUUUUUUUUUUUUAAACAAGCCAAGCACCUUUUGAAGUGAAACGAAUGUCAUUUAAAUCAAAACGAAACCGUAGAUUUUCUACCUUUUGAAGUGUUUCAAGGGAACAAGUGAGUGGCCCAUAGUGAGAACAUGCGGCACUUAGGUAUCUCCACAAGCUUUGACAUGUUCAAUUCCUGGUGUCAAGAUGUGAACAAGUUUCCUUCACGUGGAUCAGGUUUGACACUUUCAUGACCACAGUUAAAAUCAGCUCUCCACAGUGGAAUUUGAAGGUGAGAGUCGCCAUGUGUAUUUACAAACCUUGAAUCUCGUUCGGUCAUAAACCUCCUUUUAUGUAGAAUUCUGUCACUGCAAAUUACACGCUACACGCACCCCAACUAUUUCUAACAAUGUGCCUAACAACUUUACAUAGCUCUACUCACAUGUACCAACAUAAGGGGAAUAAGUUACGCGUGUAAUACUAUAUUCUCUGAGCAGAGACGAAACUUAUACGAUCAAUAUCUACAUUUGCAUUUAGGCCAAGGAUAUCAGUGAUGAGAUUAAACUGUCGAAGAUUCCUAGCUCCACAUCUCUUUCAUAUUGCUCGUAGUACUGUGAUAUAGCACAUCAUACCUAUAUGAUGUGUGAAAAAUCUGUCAGUCAUUCAUCUACAAUUAGCUUAUGUCUCAUAAUUUUAGUUUAGUUCCAAAAUUCAGUGUUUUUUGUAUAAAUCCGUUUCCUACAUGCCAUCCCAUUUAACUAAGGCCUCUGGGAUACAUACUAGGGCGGUCUAAUAAGUACUUCUACCUUCAAAAGAAAAACGAAAAUUUUGGAAAAGUGGUGAUUUAUUUCUGAACGUAGUCUUCUUUUAGCUCAAUACACUUGACCCAGUGAUGUUCCACCUUCUUUAUCUCAUCUGAAAAAUACGUUUUCUCGAGGUCUGCAACGGAGGCUUCCGUGGCGAUGAUGAACUCGUUAUUCGAUUUAAAUGUCUGCCCGGGCGAGCGACUUUCAAGUUUAGAAACAAACAGAAGUCACACAGUGUCAAAUCUGGAGAAAACAGUGGAUAGAACAGCAGUUCGUAGCCUAAUUCGAUCAAUCGAGGCUGUUUUUCUACAAUUCGGCGCCGAAUCGGCCCAAUAAUACGGCAUAGUAAAGCCCUUUGACCGUUUUGCCCUUUUCCAGGAAGUUAACAUAUAACACACCUUGUGAAUCCUAGAAAAUGGUGGCCUUUUUCACCAUUCACUUUUCCGGUCCAUUGGACAGUUUUCUCCCUCUUCGAAGAACAUUCGCGGGGUGACGUCCACUGUAUCGACUGUUCCUUGGUCUCUGGUGUAUACCAGUGGAACAUGUUUCGUGGGCGGUUAUGAAACAACGUAGAAACUCAUUUGUAUUACACUGAAACAGCCUCAUACACUACUCUUAAGUGGUCUCAGGGUUGCGCUUACUGUCCGGAGUGAGCAAACGAGGCACCCAUCACACCGACAAGCGUUCUUAUGCCCAAAAUUUCAUGCAGGAUAUGACUCACGCGAUAUUUUGAGAUGCCUACUGUCUCGUGCACCUUCGGUCGGCGUUCUGCCAAUAUGAUAUCACGGAUUUCUUUGACGUCAUCCUCCGUGGUAGCCGUUUUCGGGACAUCUUAGCGUGACUUAUCAAAAACCAACAGGCAACCAGGUUGAAACCCGAUUCGGCUGAAAUUUUGACUUAGGCCGUUUACAAGAAUGUAUUACACGAUAGUAGAUUUCUCUUGCGAUAGUGGCGCCAUCGGAUGGAGGGGGAUAAAUACUUAUCGGACUUAAACUUAUCAGAUGUAUUGCUAACUCUUGUACAAGAAAGAUUGUUAUAUGCUUCUCUAUUUACGUCCAUUAAUUGCCGCCAUUGAGAUAAUAACAUGAUUGAUCUCAAGAUGAAAAACUUCUACCUGUAGUAUAGUGGAGUACUUCCCCGGCUAAUUUGUGCUUGUGUCUUUGUGGCAGUUCAUGCUUACGUCAUAUACCAAUUUUUUUAGGUAUUUUUGUACAUAUUACUACAUUAUACUACUAUCUGAUAUUUGUCACGAUUUUAUUUUCCAUGAAAACUGUGUAUAUUUGGAUUACAUACAGUCGGAAAAAUGAAAAAUUACCCAUGAACGAUCAUAUCAAUCACAUAUUAAGAUUAUUAAUUAUCUAUCCCUCCCGUUUCUUAUUUAUAGAAAAAGACAGCAAAUACAACAUAUGUGAUUGAUAUGAUCGUUCAUGGCUAAUCUUUCAUUUUUCCGACUGUAGAUGUGAUCAAACGUAAAAGAUUGUAUAAACUGUAUUUACAAUUUACAUAAACAUAUAUGCAAAUAAAAUGUUUGUUAAAAGUUAUUGAUAAAAAAGUAUACUAAAAUUUGGCAGCUUUGAAAAAAGUUUGCAAUACAUAUAUCUAAAAUGCCUACGUUAUUUAUAGUAUAGAUGUUCAUGAGUGUGUUAUAUAUCAUUGUAUGUUGAAUAAUUAUUGUAUAAAUUCACCAUUUUUUUUAAAUAUUUUGUGAGGUUAAUGAGGCUUGAAGAUGAAUGGUUUUCGAAUGUUAGGUGCAUUUCGUGGUAAGCAUUCCCAGAAGAGAACAUACAGAAUUAUAUUUUUGUAUUUUUGCAUGUAGUUGACAAGUUAUUUGCAAUGUAAUAUUAGAUUUUAUUACAUUAUUUCAAUCAGA